GACAUUUUACAGCUGGUCCCCGAAAUUUUCACAUAAUCUUCGUCGAACUACUGAAUACAUAAUGAUGUCAUCUUGUGAAAAUUUAAUGUAGCGAUAUUUUUACAGAAGUGGAAUUGUAUAGAGGUGAUUCUGCUUUUAAAAUCAAACUAUGGCACAAGAACUUCCGAAAAAUCGUUCCGAUUCUGAACAAAAAGAGGAACUUGAGUCGUCUGUCACCGUCAUAGAAAAACAAGCACAAAGACGCAUAUUCAAGAUUAUAGUAAUCGGCGAUUCCAAUGUCGGAAAAACUUGUUUGACAUACAGAUUUUGUAGUGGAAAAUUUCCUGAUAAAACGGAAGCCACAAUUGGCGUCGAUUUCCGAGAAAGGACUGUUGAAAUUGACAAGGAACAAGUCAAGCUACAACUGUGGGAUACAGCCGGACAAGAGAGGUUCCGAAAGUCUAUGGUCCAGCAUUACUACAGGAAUGUACAUGCUGUUGUAUUUGUCUAUGAUGUCACUAAGAUGAGCUCAUUUGAUAGCAUGCCUAGUUGGAUAGAGGAAUGUGACAGACACAACCUGAACAAAAACAUACCAAGACUUCUUGUUGGAAACAAAUGUGAUAUGAAACUACGUAUUGCUGUAAACACAAAUCUGGCUCAGAAGUUUGCCGACUCCCACAACAUGCCACUGUUUGAAACAUCAGCCAAAGAUGAUGAGCGUGCCAAUCAUGUAGAUGCUAUUUUCAUGACGCUUGCUCACAAGCUUAAGAAUAGCAAACCUUUAAUGUCGCCAUAUGUUGGUGAUGAGCAGUCAGGCCUACCAAGUAAUGUUCAAGUUAUCUCCAUCGGUAAAAGUUCCCAAGGAAAGGGACUACAAUCUAUGGGUGUGGAAGGUGACAGGAAGGAUUCUUGUGCCUGUUAAUUAUCAUGAAUAUGGCUGCUGUUACCAAAAGUAUUUCGUCUAAUAAACUUCAACCAAAAAGAUAAAUCAGAGGUGUCAUAACAUGGCUCAGACAGGUCACCUUUUCAAGUUCAAUGAAGAAAUUGAAUCUUCACUGCCUUGGUGGAAAGGAUGGUAGUUUAUAUCCUGCACCUCCAGAUGAUUCAUGAACAAAUGAGGUUAUGCCGUCACGCUGUGUCCAUUGUCUAAAGGUCCUCAAUAAUGAUAUUGGGCCUCCAGUAUAUUGGUAGAAGGACCACCAACAUUGUUCAUAUGAAUGAUCUUGACCCUCUUUCAAGGUGGUUAGAGUCUGAUGUGUUAAGUACUUCAAACUUUUUCUUUUCAAGAUCCUAAAGGUCAUGCUUUGGUAUGUGCUGCAAAGUUUGCAGAAAUUCACUAAAGUGACUUAGGGUUCUUUUAAGGCUGCAGAGCAGGUGUAUAAUUCUGGAACAUUGGACCUCUUGUUUGUCAGUUUAUUCUCACCAUACUUAAUGAAUAUUGUGAUGCUUGUAUAUGUUUAGUAGCAGUACUGGGUAUAUAAACAGAAUUUAUUUUUGUUCUAGUUUUCCUUCUAAAACAUUUAUGGUCAGUUGUGUAUCACCCUUAUAUAUAAAAUGAAAUUGUCAGACAGCAGAACAUGCUAUUGUAUUGUGACAUAGGACAUUUGCAAGUCAAUGAUAUCUCUUAACAAAAAUUGUAAUAAAAUUUUGUCGUUGAAAAUGCUUUCAUAUGUUUUUUAAUCUAAACUCCAUUUUAAUAUUUUCCACCACAACAAGCAUAACCUUUCAUGUACAUAGUUACAGUUGGAAACUUACGUACUCUAAUUGUUUAUUGUAGUUUUGAAGCAAGCAAUCUUUUUAAUUAACCACACUUUUUGGUCCAGAAUGAAGUGUGUGCGAUGAAUCCAGAAGUACCUAGAAAAAAAUCACUUAAGUUGGCAGAUGACCAGUUCACAAACACUUCAGAAAUAUAAGUCUAGUCACGGUGGUGAAAGGCAAGUGUGCUGUCACCACGCUACACAAGCAUCAUUACUAGUAAUGCAGGGUUAGAUCUAUCGGUUCCAAGCGUUCAGAUGGCCAGGCUGGUGACAUCUAAAUCCUGUAAAAUGUUGUCCACAUUGAUGAGAUGCUAUUUCUGCACUGGUUAAGCUUCGCACAGAAAACCAGAAAGGUUUUGAAGAUUCAGUAUUUUCAAUUAUCUAGUAUGGUUGUGGUAACUUUUGAAGUCGACUUCACUCAGCUAUAUGAGCAGUUUUUACUGGGUUGGUCUUGUAUCACUGUUAGACUGUCACAUUUUGUUACAUGGAUGUUGGCAGGCAGUUGUGUUGUAAAAGUUUUCAGUUUUUCUGGUAUUUUGUUAGAAAUUUAGUUUUUGGAAGAUAUUAGUAUGUGUAAACAGGUGAUACCAGAUCUUGGUAUUUUGUAUACAGUUAUACAUAAGUAUGAAUGUUUAGUGACAGGAUGGCAGUUACUGCUACCAUGUAUUAUGCUAAUUUGUCUUAAGGAUUUUCUGUUUAAGAAAGUGGUUGUAAGUUCAGAAUUCUAAUGCGUACAAUUGUUAUCAACAAAACAAAUGAAAUAUGAAAAAUCCAUUUAUGAAGUAUAUUUUGUUGAAGUAGGAUUUUGGGAAUGAUAUGAAUGCAUUAUCCUUUAUUUGUAAAAUGUUUGUUGACUUUGCUUUGAAAGUCUUUCAAUCGAUGGACUGGUGCUGUUUAUUUCCCAAACUGGAAACUAUUGGGUGCUACUCUGAAUGAUGGAAAAAUUUGACUGUUAUAAGAUUACCAUCCAUAAUUCACACUUUAGUAUUACAUGGUGUACCUUAUAUUUAAAGUUUAAUAUCAAGCCUUAAACCAGUCAAUCUUCGUGUAUGAAAAUCUAUUACUACAGUGAAUCAUGGUUCUUUUAGAAAGAAUUUACUGUAGUAAUCAUGGGUAUAGUAUUAUGUAUAAAUCUCCCUUUGAAGUUUGGGAUUUUGGCAGCCACAUGUAAUAUUUAGGAGUGAAUGCAUGAAUAGUGUGUUUUCAAUAAAAAGGAAGAAAGGUUACUAUCUUCACAUCUUGCUGAAUUUUCAUACCUGAUGAUUGUCGUGCUGAAUUAAUUUUCCUAUAAUGAUAACCAGUAAGUUUAAUAUAUAUAACAAAAGACUUAAAAUGAGUAAUAAUUUGCAGUCAUUUUGGUGCAACCAUAUUUAGCACAGUAUGAUACCAAGAAAGGCGUUAAGAUAUCGAUUACUUGUAAAUUGAAAUGAAUAUUUUUCUGUACCAGAUACUGUAUCUAUGUUUGUAAUUACCAUGUUUUGCAGGUACCAGGUAAUAAGCCCACCCAUGUCUGCUACAGUCUUGUAAACACUAUAUUAUUGCCCAAUAAUAAGCCCACCACACCCUGACUAUGAGUAGGUGCCUUGGCUUUUUCACUACAAGGAACAAAGUUUACUUUUAUAAAUCUGAAUUUCCUAGCUUACCGAGGAUUAGGAUCCAGUACCAGUAGAGGGAUGUAAUUGACAUAUCCUCGACUACUUUAGGAAGGUAUCUUAGCUCAAUGAGGAUUAGGAUCCAGUAUCUUAUCCUUCAGUUGAAGUAACAUAGAUAUUUAACACCCAUGGCUAGCAAAGACAAUAGGGAGGUUGGCAUUGAUAAGGUUAUUAUAUAACCUUUUUUGUCAUCUCUUAUAUAUGUAUAUUUAUGUGUCCUGUACUUUAAACAUGCAUAUUAUAGCAAUAAUCUUAUUUAAGCACUUUUCACGCUAACAAUAUUGUGCUUAAAUAUUAUUGCUCUAAUUGCAAUUUCUGAAUGUUGUCAGUCCUAGCUGAUGCACUGAUUUACCUAAAAUUUUAUUGGACCAUAUUGAGUUUGUUACAGCAGUUUUCUACACUGAAUAAUUUUACAAGAAUAAAAUCCUUGUCAUUGUAAAUACAUCUAUAUAGAUUUUGGUGGCUUAUUACCAGGCAUGUGGGCUUAUUACAGGAUAUACAUGGUAUGCUUUGAUUACUUCAUGUUCUGAAGGCCAAUGGGAUGGGAAAUCAAACGUUGUCUAAAAGACACUGUGGCUGACCCUAAGAUUGAAUGAGGGGAAGUGCUAAAUAAGUGUCCUCUUGGAAAAUGAAGUGAGUGUGAACUGUAUAAAUCUAUAGAUUACCAACUUCCCAAGAUAUGAACCACAGUAAGGAUGUGCUCCCAUCCCUGGGGAUUAAUUACUCUGUAGGUUACCUCAUGGAAACUGCUCUACAACCAUGAAGAUUUCUGUUUUGACAGAGUAUAGAUAGUCUUUUGCUUCAAGGAUUGUUACGACCCUCACCUCAGAACGAAAAAUGCAAUAUCUCGGCAUAAAAAUACAAAUUAAUUGUAAUGCGCUCAUGGUCUAACCAUGCCUUUGUAAGAAGUACUUUGCUGAGAAUUGUGGGUCAUAGCAUGGAAAUAUUCUCAGACUUAAUAAUGUAUGUAAUUAGUGAUCUUUUCAAAUUUUACCUUCAUUGGCCUAUUGUGAAAAAUAGGGUGCAGACUUCUUAUGGUUUAGAAACAUUAUAUGGUGUCUGUACUUUUCAAGAGUCUGAAAUGAGUAGAAAGAACACGGUUAUAUUUUAGUUUAUUUUAAGCAGUUAAGAAGUUAGAUUAAUUUAGACAUGUCAUAUCCAGGAUAAAAUGAACAGUAAAUGAAAUUACUUACCAGUUUUGCUCUCUUUGUGUGCACAUUUCCUCAUUGCUACAUGCACAGUUCUUCACAGGGUUUCUUUAGGAAAAAUAGUCAAGAAUCCACAAUUUGUCACCACUAAACUCAAACAAAUUACUGUUUCUGUUGUUGAUAAACCUCUUGUUUUAGGAAAUAUCCAUAGCAACCAAAAGUAAAGUCAGUAAGAGUAUGACAUAUAUAUAUUUGUUUUUAUUCCAGAAUGUAAUCAAGAUCUUAUUAAAGGGCCAUAUGUGUAUAAAUGCUUUCAAAGGAUUAUUCAGAAUACUUAAUGACAUGGUGUUCAGCUUUAGCAUUUCUUAGUUUCAUCACACUGAGCAUAACUGUUACUUGUACUUACUGUUGCCAUGGCAAUAGACAGUUUUUUUUUUUUUAGCAGGACAUUUGGAAUUUUUUUUUUUUUCAGAUGGGUUCUCUUGUUAUUUGGACCAUCAUCAGUAUUGUGUUGUUCUACUUGUUAUUUUUUAUUGAUGUGAUAGUCUGAAUUUUUUCUGCAAUUUGUAAAUAUUCUUUCUUGUCAAAAGUUAGAUAUUACAGCUACAAGGAUAAAGUAGCAAUCAAAACGAUCCGUGGUGAGACACAAGAAUUUAGAAAUAAUGUCCCUAGUUAUAUAUAAGAUUUCCAUACCUCUUCUACAUCUUUAAAAAAUAGUGCAAUAUUUGUGAAUUUCCUCUGUAUCAAUAUACCCAAUGUAUCUGUAUAGUCAGCAUGUUUUGUAACAUUGAUGUUCACCUAGCACAAAAUUGUAGAUAUUGUUUUACAAAUUUAUGUACUCAUUCUGUCGUAAAAAUAAACCUUCUGAUGAUCAUAGAAA